GUUCCUUUUAAGUUAAGUUUUAUCUAAAAUUCUAAUUUUUUAUCGUUGAUAAAUCCUUCAUCGGUACUGUUUUUCWGGAGAAAUUUAAUGCUGAUUGCGAGUAAGCUGAUCUGGAUUUCAUUUCAUAUAGUGAAGUGUAGAUAUGGAAACAAACUGGAUAAACUUCAAGUGUAAAUCCGGUGAGACUUUGUUUAUCUACAACAAGGUAACAGGAGAACACAGAUGGCCAACCAGCAGUGGUUUAGAACUACAUGGAAAUGUCAUUGAGGGUSAACCAAUUGUCCUAAAGCAGACCUGUAGUAUUGGAACACAGACAGAUGACAAUGGCUGUAAUAAUGGAUGCACUUCAAUGUAUGUCAAAUCAUAUCCCACUAACACCUGCUUAAAUACAUUAACUACUAUUAAGAGUCGGCACGAUGAUAGUGGUAAUUGUGUUAGCAAGGAACACAUGACAAGCCAGGAUAUCGAGGAUAUCAMUGAAAUAUCAAAUGCCUUGUUGAUAUACAUGGAGGAGCUGGAGGCACAUCAAGAAGAUGAUGGCUGCAAUAUUCCUGAACAGGCAGAUUCCUCCACAAUUAAUAAUGUCAUGAUUGAAUACAAUGAUGGAGUUCCCACUUCGAGUGAACAAGCUUACCAAUGCUCUCAUUGUAUGAAACAGUUUCUACUCAAGACAAAGCUUGACGAACAUCUUAGAUGCCAUGCUAAGGAGAAGAAGUUUCAGUGUCAUGUUUGUGAAACAAAGUUUACACAUAAAGGCCCAUUUAAAGCACAUCUUAAAACACAUCUUAGAUGCCAUGCUAAGGAGAAGAAGUUUCAGUGUCAUGUUUGUGAAACAAAGUUUACACAUAAAGGCCCAUUUAAAGCACAUCUUAAAACACAUAUACAAGAGAAGUGUCCUUAUUGUGCUGUGACAUUUACCAACAAAACGCACUUGAAACGGCAUGUCAAAACACACACUGAAGAAAAACGUUUUGAAUGUUUUGUCUGCAAUGCAAAGUUUGCCCACAAGGGACCUUUCAAGGCUCACACYACAAGACAUCAAUCUUCAGGCCAGAAAUCCUAUAAAUGCUGUGAGUGUGAAAAGGCAUAUACUCGUCAAUUUUCUCUGAAAAAUCACAUAAGAUUGGUGCAUACAAAGAAGAAUCUCUUGUCAUGCCCUCAUUGUGAAAAGAAGUUUGUUAGAAAAACAGUAUUGCGUGAACAUAUGUCAGUACAUAUUGAAGAAAAGUCAUUUCAUUGUGAUAAGUGUGAGAAGAAAUUUUCAACCAAAAAAUAUUUGGAUGAUCAUUUUAUGAGRAUGCAUUCAGGCAUAAAGAGGCCAUUCAAUUGUAAAGUACACAAAUGUACCAAGUGUGAAAAGGCAUUCACUCGCARACAAAAUCUGAAUGCUCACAUGAAAUUCCACACUGACAAGAAUCUUUUGCAAUGCUCUCAAUGCAGACAAAAGUUUUCACAGAAAAGCAAACUGAAKCGUCAUAUGAAAGUGCAUACUGGAGAAAAAGCAUUYCAAUGCCCWMAAUGUGAAAGGAAAUUUGCAGAAAAAGCAAAUUUGAUUCAGCAUCUUGAAUUGCAUACUGGGGAGAAGCCAUUUCAGUGUCCUCAUUGUGAAARGAAUUUUGUAAGAAGCAGAAAUUUAACUCUACAUCUUAAGCAGCACACUGGUGAGAGGCCAUUUGAAUGUUCCAGUUGUCCRAAGACGUUUUUAACAAAGGGAAGCUUAAAARCUCAUGUUAUAAUURCACACAGCAAUGAGAAACCAUUUGAAUGUUCUUAUUGUGUAAAGAAAUUUGCCCUAAAAGGUUUGUUGAAUCGUCAUCUCAAAAUACACACGGGGGAAAGACCAUUUCACUGUACUCAGUGUGAGAAAAAGUUUACCUUAAAACACAUGUUAACAAGACAUYAUAAAGCUGUGCAUUCUAAUGAUAAACCAUUUCAGUGCUCCCAUUGUGAAAUGAGGUAUGCAAGAAAGGACUCUUUGAAUGURCAUCUUAGAAAACAUGCUGGAAGUUAAACUACUACAGGGGAAUAGGUUCGCUUUGAAGAUAUAUAUAUAUGUACAACUGAGGAAAACCUUAGACACUUUAGAGAGCAUAUCCCCAAGGCUGAAAAGUAUGCAGAACUCAGUAAUGUUAUUAUAGAUUUUCAAUAUAUAUGUAAACAGAAUGUUUUAAUUUUUUGACGUAUGUAAAUCUAAUCUAAUGAGAAUAGCUUUAAAACUUUGUUUUCUUAUAAAACAAUUAAUCACAUAAAAUAGUAAAAUGAAAUUACAAAAUAUCCAGCUCUUUUUGGAGUUGAUAUUUGUAUUAAUAUUUUC